CACAAAAAACGGUUAAGAAUCCCAGUUUAAGGUGUGAGGACCUGGGCCUAGUGGAGCCUGAAUUUCUUUCACUGUUGACUGAACCACAGCGGGUCAUCUGGCCUCUGAGACUCUCCUGCCUUCUCCCAGAUGAACUUGGGGCUGCCUCGUUGCCACAGAAGCCCUGGCUUCGCCUCCAUGAAAAUCUGGCUUGGUUCUCUCUCUUCAGAGAGAGGUGUCCCAGAAACCCUCGCUACCGCUGAGGUGUGAGAGCCCCUCUUGGAGGACACUAACUCCUGGCCAGGCUCCCUGCCCGGCUUCCCCAAGGCCCGCUCCUCCCACGCGGGACCCUCUGAUCUCAAGGUUACUCGGGUUAUUUCGGAGUCCCCGGUUCUUUCUCAGCCGGCCUCGGCGGCCGCGGUCUGUCUCAGGGUCUCGGCUUCGCAGAGAAGGAGGCGAGACUGUUGGAGCAACCACGUGUUGGGUCUGGCACCUGGCGGGGUACCUGUGAGGGGGACUAGUGGGAGGGGGAGGCGUCCUGGCUGAAGCGGGCCGGGGCUCUCCUUUCUGGGGGGGUCCGAGGGAGCGCGGCCCAGCCUUGAGCCAUUCCUUGGGGCCACUGACCUCCGCGGGCCGCUCGGGGCCCGGAAUCCAAAGAGAAGCUUCAGAGUUAGGGAUGUGUAUUGGCCGAGCGGGGACUGGGGGAGGAGAAGGAAGGAACUGUCCACAGUGGGAGGCUGGAGGACCCAAGUUCACGCCUCCCCCUCCAUCCCUCCCUGGACUUGCAGACCAAGCUCCGCCUACGGAAGCGAUUAUCACCCACCGGUGUCUAGCGGGGCCGGGGGUCUGGGGGCCCCGGCUUUCCCACCCGGCCCUUUGAUCUCCUCCGUCCCGGACCUUCCGCCCCGCCCUCGGUCCUGGGAACUGUAUAAUAGCGGAGGGGUCCCCGAGUAACUAACAGGAUGACCACCCCGUCCGCACCACGAUGACAACGGCGGCUCCCAACCAGCUCCAGUUCGGGGAAAGCCCCCAAUAUCCCGCUUACCUGCCCAGCUACCCCGGGAGCGCUUACCUGCCUCCCUCCAGUCCCGGGACCGGCCCCUGCCCGCCGCCCUCCGCGGGCUCCGGCCCCGACCUGCGCCCCUCGGCGGCGGCGGCGGCGGCCUACGAGGGGUACCCCGGGAGCGGGUCCGGGCCGGCGUCGCUUCUUCCCGUCAGCCUGGCGCCUGCGGCGCAGCAGCUCAAAGGGCAGCCAGCCCCGUCGGGGUCCGGGUCGGGGUCGCAGCGCAGGAAAAGGACGUCCUUCAGUCCGGAGCAGCUGCAGCUGCUGGAACUGGUGUUUCGGCGGACCAUGUACCCGGACAUCACCUUGCGGGAACGCCUGGCCACCCUCACUAGGCUUCCCGAGUCCCGGAUCCAGGUCUGGUUCCAGAACAGACGUGCCAAAUCUCGUCGACAGAGAGGAAAGCCCUAUAAUCCCUCAGCAGGACCAGAGCUUUUCCUCAGCCACACUCCUCUUGGAACUGAAGGGGAACAUUUGGUUCCCCUGCUGCCUCUUGAGGUAGAUGUGAACUGCCUGCCUGAUCCAAGCAGGAGUGGAGUUGGGCUCUCUGGUUCUAACAGCCAAGGACAGAAUUUUGGAACCUUUUCUCCUAUAUCUGAAAACACUGGUUCGAAGCUGGACUUAUGGGAAGAGCGUAUUUUAUCUACCUUCAGCAACUCUUGACCAAGAUUACAGCAAAAUCUUGGCCUAUGAUCUUGGACAGUACAAGGGGCUAUCACGGUUCAAGAGACCUAUCGAAAGUUUCUCCUAUUCUCUUUAGCCUACAUAUUAAGGCCACUGGGUUCAUCUUUCUUAAUGUGAACUAAUGCUCUAAGUUCUCAGUCUCAUUUGUCUCUGAGCUGGACUCUCUUCUCAAUUUAACUCUUAGUCAUGUCUAUGUUUUUUGACACUCUGGAACUUCAUUUACUCAUUCUUUAGAAAUCAACUUUCAUAUCCCCGUCACAUAUUUUCUUCUCCUUGCCAAAUCUCAGGGAAGUCUGGUUUCAAAUCUCCCCUUUGAUAAAAUAUAUAUAUAUAUAUAUAUAUAUAUAUAUAUAUAAAAAACACAUGGCUAUAAUGGGCAAAUAAGGGUCACAAUGAGGGUGAUAAUACCGAGGGUACCUACCUCACAGGGAUGUUGUGAGGGUCAAAUUAGAUUAUAUAUAUAAAGUAUAUCUAAACUUAAUAUAGUAUUAUAAGAAUCAGCUAUUAUAAUGAUUUUAACUUCCCCAUUGCCAUCACUAGCAUUCAAUCUUACCACCCCUCAAAGUCUUGGUAUCUGUCCUUUUUGUAUAUCAUUCCUCCUGGACUAACUGCAAAUCUUGCUGUUUUCUGGAUUUAGUCCCUCCUCCUCCUCUCUCUAUUCACAAUCACAGCCCUAGUCCAAGGCUGUAAACCCUUGGUGUCCUGACCACUUCUUUGCCUCUGGUUUUUCCACUGUUAUGUUAAUUUGAGUCGCUUGGAGCUGCUGGGUCUAGAAAAAAGACAAAGUAGUGGCCGCCUUGGGUAUAACAUGUAGAACCAUCACAAUAAGGGACACCUGUUAAUUUUUUAAAAUUAUGCACACAUUUUAAAUGUUAGAAAUUCCAUUGUUGAUAGCACAGGUAAAAGCCUUGAAAGCAUCUGAAGGACAAUACACAGGAAGCCCAAUUUUCAAAUCUUACCUAGAAUCCACAGUGAAGCAUGCCUUUACCCCAGCUAUGACAUUACUUUUUUUUAGAGAUAUAUGGUUGCUCCUAAUAACCUUUUACAAAUUACAACUUUACAUGGGUUCUGAGGUCCCUUAACUGUCCUCCUUUAGCCUAUAGGACACAAACAAGUAUGCUUCUUGACACUUACCCAAAAUCUAUCCCUUUAAACUACAGCUAUUGUUGACAUACUAUUUUUCUUAAGAGAAACAAAACUACUUUCUCAAAAUAUGGGUCAAUAAUUACCUUAAAUUAAGGCUUUGUCUGACAUCCUAUUUUGCUUCAGUUUCCCGCCCCCAACUAUCCUUAGCACUUGUGAAUAUGGAUUGUACUUUUGCAGAACUUUGGUUAGGUUACAUAAUUUUAAAAUUGAUGUUUUCUAUGCCAUAGCACUUAAUAUUAGUGCUUUGCACACAAUGGGUGCUCAAUAAAUGCAGAUUAUGAUAAUAUAAAAAGUGGCCAUGGAAAAAAAUUUUAAAGAGUAAAGUGAGUUUCUGCCAAAGAAUCUUUAAUGUGUACAGCUGUCAGCAUUGGAGAUGGGGGACAUUGUUAACAAUAACACAAAGUGAUGUUAACAUAAAACAGAUUGGUAAUUUGGGGAAUAGAUUUGUUUUAUUUAAAAAAAAAAAAAAGCAUUUCAUCUUUCAAGAAAGCCCUCAUAUAGAUAUUUUUGUCCUCCCAAUUUAAUAAUUAUUGAUAUAAGUAUAGUGCUGUUUAUAAACUAGAAACCUGUGUUUAUGUUUAAGUUUCUGAAAUACAAAGAAUUUAACAAAGUAAAAUUUUAAAAUCUAACUACAUAUCAAAGUUCGCCUUUUAAAAUACAUAUUAAAUUAUCAGCAUAAGAAGCUAUAGGAAGGAACCAGACACAUGUCAUAUUGCUACUGGGCAAGUGUGAUAAGACUGAAAUCAGUUAGUGUUUAAGUAGAAAAGUCCUUAUACAAUAUAUGUGACAAAUUAUUUAUUAUUAUAUCUCUGCUAUUAGACCUCUACGACCUUAUAAAGCAGAUUAUUGCAUUUUUGAACAGUACUAACAGGAACCUUUCCCCUAAACACUGAAAUAAAUUCACAUCCUUGUAAACUCUUUCCAUUGGCUCUAGUAUUAUUGAUAUCUGGUCCCACCAAAAUGACUAACUUUGGUCUUCUAUGUGGCUCUUACUGGAAGACAGCUAUCAUAUUCACUCCUCACCCUGCCUAAAAUUCAUUUUAGGAAUUUGCAUUUCACUCAAAUUGAGGUCCAAAUCCUCCCUAAAGCACUCAGGUAACACAUCCCAACAUUUCAGUUUAUCAAUGUCUUUCCUCAAAAAUGGGUACAGGACUAGACAGGCUGGUUUAGAUGUGGUCUGAUCAAAGUAGAUCACGUCUGGUCAUCAUCUCCCUCAUUCUGCACAUUAAGCUUGGGUUAGCAUUUGUUCAUGUUAAAAAGUUCACCAGAAUCUUUUGAUCUUUAUCAUAUCAAUUGCUGUCUAGUGAUAUCUUGGAGGUUUAUGUUUUGAACCCCAGUACAAUCAAGGAUAUCUGAUUUUUAUGCAAAUGAAACUGUUGAAAUUCAAUAAUCAAAUGCAAUUUUAAAAAAUGGCUAUCACUCUAGGGCAGUUCAAACAUGACAACAAUGCUUUGAGUUUAGCAGCAAAUUCAGAGUUCUGAAACAUUUACUCAAAAUUGACCUCAAAUCCAUAUUAAAUAUGAAAUGACCUUUUUCUACAACUCCAACUUAUUGGCCAGUAUUAGUACCAGGUGCAACUAUAAAAUUAACAUGAUGACAAAACAAAAACAAUACAAGAUUUAUGUACCUUAAAGGAGUGAUCUUUGACUUGGUAAGGUUUGUUUGGGUAUUUUGAAGGACCAAGUAUCUAUUGAAUUAUCAAUAAAUUUGUCACCGUUUUUAUCAAUGAC